AAUCGCAUUGCACUCUAAGUAAUCUGGUUCACAGUAAAUUCAACGAGAGACACCUAUUUGCCAUAAAGACUUGCAAGGUAUUACAUUGGUGAUUAACAAAGCAUUUUCCCUGUCAUCCUCUCUGUUAGGAUAAUUUGCUCUUGUUUCAUGCUACACUAAUCACCAACAAUCUCAUUUCAUGUUCUGAAUCAACUCUGGACAACAUUGACAUCACUUUUGCCAACCCUUCAUCACUCUCUGACUGUUGUCUUUUGACAAGGUAACAAUGGUCACCUCAAUGCACAGAAUUAAAAUGAAACAUCUCAUCAACUUUACUCCUUUUUCAUCUCGCCUUUUCAUGACAAUCUCUUCAAGAUCACCAAUGAAUCCUAUUUGCUCAGUUUUAUUACUCAGACCAUCAUGUUGUUCAACCUCCAAAUUACCAAUCCUUAAUGAAAUGACUUUACUUCAAUCAGUAACUUACAAUUAUUGUCGUUUACUUUCAACUGAACAACAACAAAGCUCUACCAAUGAAAAUAAAACAUCAACAUCUUUACAACCGGAUAGACAUCUAAUGAGAUAUGUUGAUGAAUUGAUUGAUUAUCGUGAGAAACCUCGACGAACUUGGUUAACAGUGAUUAAAGUGCUCAUCACGAUGUUUGCUGGUGUCAACUUUGGUGCGUAUAUGGCUAAACUAGGCGCUCGACUUCUGGAUAAAUAUGAGAUAUUUGUUCGUGAUGCAGAAGAAGACGAUUAAUGAAUUAAAGUCACCAGGAAUUUAACCAACUGUAAUCAAUUUGGCCUCAAUAAAGUGACCUUCUUUUCACUCUUCCAACUGAGAAACUUCCAUUCUUCUAGUUCAAUGUUUUGUUUCACUCAUCGAAGGAUCGAUUAAUGAAUUUUGCAGCUACACUGACUUCUAGUGUCUUUUUUUCGGUAAACUGAACUUGGAAAGUGUCUUGUUCAUGUAACUGUUAUCUUUUAUCACCAAACCAAAAUGGAUCAUAUUCAUUGCUUAAGAUACAAUUCAGUGUAAAUUAUCAAACACCACAUUCAGUUGAACCAUUUCAGAAUCAACUUGAAAUGAAUUCCAUGACAUUUAUGGGUUAACAAAUGUAAUAAAAGGUUUUAUGCAAAGCUGAAUGACUAUUUGAUAGUUUAUUCACAAUGUUUAUCCAAACAUUACAUUUAACAGGGUUUCAGUGAAUUGAGUAUAAUGUUGUCUAGUUAUAACUAUUACAACUAUUAAUAUAAUCAAAUGUUACUUCAAUUAACUAAAUUUUUUUUGUUUCAAAAAUGUUAUAUUUAAGACGAAAAUUA